AUGUCAGAUGAAGAUAUAAAUCCUCUUUUUAUGUUUCGCCAUACAUAUAAUAAAGAUUUUAUGGUAUUAAGAUUUAAAUAUAAUAAUGAAGAACGAUUAGCUUUAAUAUUUUAUAAUGAAAGAGGUGAAGGUUUAAUCGAAAUUCCUGAAAAAUACAGAAUUGAAGUUAUCUCUAUUGAUGGUGAAAGAGGAAAUCUUGAAAAUAUUAAUAAUCAUAUUUUUUUAAUACCAAAAUAUACAAAAAAAUUAUUGAUUUAUUAUAGAGAAGCGAAUAAUUUAUUAUUUGAAAU